AGAUUCGUACCUAGCGAUUUAGAUGUCAUUCGUCUUGAUCUUGGUGAAUUUCCUGAAAAUGUGAUCUAAAAUCCUUUUACUUGACGUUGUAGAAGACCAAUUUUAAUUUUUUUAGAUAUGGAAGAAACUGUUGAGAGUGGGACUUCGUCUGUGACAGUGACAGAGGAGGAAACAUAUAGUCCAGCGACACAACAAAGACUUCUCCUGAAGUUAAAGAAACCAAAAAAUGACAAGAAAGUUCAGUGGGACUCGUCGGCAGUCGACAAUGAAAAUAUGGACAAGAAAAAGUCAAAAUGUUGCUGUAUUUAUAGCAAACCCAGAAUAUUUGGUGAAUCAUCAUCAUCUGAGAGUGAUUCUGAUGAUGAUGGAUGUGGACACAAUGCGUAUUGUACAGGGCACAAGAAAUCCAGUCAUCAUCAUCAUCAUCACCAUGAUGAAAGCAGUCAAGGAAAUGAUGAACAAGGUCCUAGCAACCAAGAAAAGCAAUAAAGACAGUAUUGUCUAGUUAUAAUUUGCACCAAUGGUGAAAAUAUUGCCAGUAACUAGGAGAAUUCAUGUUGUAAGCAGUUAUGGGUUUCAAAUUUAUCAUUAUGUUGUCAUUCAAGAGGCAGACAUAAAGGUUUUCAAUAGAUUCAGAUCUGAUGUAACUUAGACCACAGAACAAUGACAACAAUGUUUUUCAUGUUUAUAAAACAUAUAUUUCUAAUUGUAUUCCCACAUACUAGUAUCUUUUGUUAUAUAGUAUAGUUGCUAGAGUCUUCACAAUAAACCAGUGAAAUGUUAAAUUAUAAGGACAAAAAGAGUGACUUUCAUUAUGUAAAAUAACAGUAAGGACUAGAGUGAUAGAGUUGACUAAUUUAUGAAAUAUAAAUAGGUUUCCUAUUUUACACUAUUUAGUUGUAAUUAUAGUAAUGUUUGCUUCAUGAAUUUAGUGUGUUUACUCUAGACUCUUUCCUGUUUGUUCUCUAUUUGUGUUUACACACUAUGUUGUUGUCAUGUGUAUUGUUUUUCCUUUAACAGAUGACCAAAAAUCACAUGAAUUAGCAAUGUUGUUGAUACCUAAUUCAUCUUAUUUAUAAAUCCAUUCAUAUUUGUGAAAACCAAAAAUUCUUUGUACAGCCUAAAUCACAAUUUACGUCAAAUAAAAUAAAAUGAAUUGUCA